AUCAAAUUGAAUCAGCAGAGAAUGCGAAAUUCAUAGCACAAAUGAAAACAAAUACUACAAGUUAUGCUAUAUUUGUCUUUCUUGACUCAUUUGAAGAUCUUGUUUAGCAUCAGCUCCACAUUGAGUUCUGCCUAUGGUUUAGCAUUUAGAAAUCAGACGAUGACCCAUUCGUGACACGUGGAAUCUUAGAAUACCAAAUAAUUUUUCAUUUUGAUAGAUUUGUGGAGAUUAAUAAUUUUGGAUGUUUCUCCACAUGUAGGGGUUACAAACAAAUCAAGUUGUUUAAGCUCAACUUGUUUGCUAAACUCGUUAAGUAUUAGAGAAAUUCAAACUCAACUUGAGUCAACUUUAUUAUACAAAUUAGCCGAUCUCGAGCUCAAUUCUUUAAGCUCGACUAAUUUGAAUGAGUCCAUGUCCAUCUCAAACACACCAGAAUUAGCCUUCACUCGUUUGGGCCCUAUCCACAGGCACAUGAUUACUGCAUUCCUAUAUUUAUUAAGAAAUGUAGUAUGCAUUCAGACAGCUACCAAUGGCAGCCACAUUCUGUAACCCAAUAAUCCUUGGAUCUGAUCAAAAGUACCCCUCAAAUAAGCAAAACGCUGCAAGGCCUUAUCGUAGAGCCCCUUUUUCAUAUGCUGUCAAAAUAUCACCAAGUUGCCCCGUCACACAAAGAUAUCUCAAUAGGUCUUCUACAAGACGACUCAAUUGGCGGCAUAGAUGUCAGUGCAUUUCCUCCAAGAAUACUACUUAUGAAGAGGAAAAGGAAGAGGACAUUUCUAGAGCAAUCUUGAUAUGGAGAGCAAUCAAAUUACCAAUUUACUCUGUUGCCUUGGUUCCUCUCACUGUUGGAAGUGCAGCUGCUUAUUUGCAGACCGGCCUGUACUCUGCUAGACGUUAUUUUGUGUUAUUGGCUUCCUCGGUUCUUAUAAUUACUUGGCUAAAUUUAAGCAACGACGUUUAUGAUUUUGAUACGGGAGCAGAUAAGACUAAGAAAGAGUCAGUUGUAAAUAUAGUUGGCAACCGUACAGGAACUCUACUUGCCGCAUACUUGUUUCUUGCUCUUGGUUUCAUGGGACUCACUUGGGUAUCUGUAGAGGCCAGGAAUUUGCGUUCAAUAUUAUUACUGGCUUGUGCUAUUACUUGUGGUUACAUAUAUCAGUGCCCGCCAUUUCGAUUAAGUUAUCAAGGAUUUGGAGAGCCUCUGAGCUUUGCAGCGUUCGGCCCAUUUGCUACGACUGCUUUUUACUUGCUACAGAGCAGCACAAGUGAACUUCCCAUAACUGGCACAAUCGUUUCUGCAUCACUCCUAGUUGGCUUCACAACAACUCUAAUCCUCUUUUGUAGUCACUUCCAUCAGGUAAACGGAGAUAGAGUUGUCGGAAAAAUGUCCCCUCUGGUUAGGCUUGGCACGGAAACAGGGUCAAAGGUGGUGAAAGUGGCUAUAUUCUCACUUUACUCGCUUUUGCUUGUUCUUGGUCUUUGCAGAGCCCUUCCUCUUACUUGCAUUUUUCUCUGUGCCCUAACCUUGCCCGUUGGAAAACUAGUUGUCAACUACGUUGAGCAGAACCACAAGGACAAAAUGAAGAUUUUUAUGGCGAAGUAUUACUGUGUGAGAUUGCAUGCUUUAUUCGGUGCUGCUUUGGCAGCUGGACUGGUAGCAGCCAGAAUUCUCUAAUUUUCCACUCCAUAGAUUUCAAAAUUUGCCUGGUGAGCAUACAGUUUUGAAUUCUUGCUAUUAUGAAUAUUCUGUGAAAGCAAUUUUGGCUAUACACAUGUUCAAGUUAAAUUGUGUUGCCAAGUGAUGGUCAAUAAAAAACCUUCGUUUUUACCAGUUACUCUGGUGACUAAUCUCCAAAAAAGUAGGUUUACUCUGGCAGCGCCAAAGCUGCUCAAUGGAGAGCAACUUCGAGUUGCACCCUCUCUACCAAUCCUAAAGGCGAGUUACUGAUCAGACAUGUCACAACUCAGAGAACCUGAAAGGUUUCGCCUUUUUGAUGUAUUUCUUGAUGGGAAGCUAACCACUUCUGCUGUAAAAGGUUAAAGAAGGACCUCGUUCAUGGUUGUAUUGUACAACUCCUCAAAUGCUUUCUUUCUGCACCUGCCGGAGGCAACAAGGAUAACAUUCUACCAUACAAGACGAAUUUAAGCAGCUACUGUUGUUGAUGUUGAAAAUAAUUAGGACUUGGGUCCAUAACAUUUUUGUUCCUUUCUGUAAUUUAGUUUCUCUAAAUAAAACAGCUAUAAGAUAAGGUUGCCACAAUUUGCUAAAUUUUUGUACGUGGAGUGUGCUGUCUUGUUUAAAAGCCAGUGUUGGCCUUUCGGGGUAUUUCAAAAUUUAUAUUGUCAAAAUCUUUGGAAGUAUCAUUGGAAAAUUUA